AAAAGUUAGACGACAGGUAGAAAAAUGAAGCCAUGAUGGUGUUUGUUUAUGUUUAUGUUCAUGAAGCUGUAUCCACCACAAUUGUGACACGAUGAAGCUGGCUCCUAAGAUAGUAACAGGUGCAUUGCAUUCACAAAACAAGGGUGCAUGUGACUGGGGAUGGCAGGGAUUGCUGGCCUAUGGUUGUCAUAGUUUUGUUGUAAUUGUUGAUCCAAAAAAUGUCCAGGUUAUACAAGUCCUAUACAAGCACAAGUCCAACGUAGUUAAGGUGAAAUGGGCACGAGAGAACUAUAAUCAUGAUCAAGGUAGUCCCUACAACCUUCGUCUCGCAUCUGCGGACGCUAGCGGUGUCAUUGUUACAUGGGAUGUCAUUCCAGGGCAGUCUAAAGCCGAGUUCUCUGAUGGUCAAAGACCAAUACAAGAUCUAGAAUGGCUCUCCAAUCAGGAUGCAUCACAUGACCUUCUAGUCGCGCUACAUCCCCCGUACUCGCUGAUAUUGUGGAACGCUGACACCGGGACCAAGCUAUGGAAGAAGUCCUACACAGAACCUCUUUUGUCGUUCUCAUUUGACCCGUUUAACAUAAAAAAUGUCGCAUUCCUCGGCCAAGACUGUAUCGUAUUUGUGGACGACUUCUCCAUAACCAAGACACCUUCCAGUAAUGGCAAGAAAUUCUACAUCUCUAGUCCCUCAAGUCAAGCUUCCAACUUGAAGACAGAAGGUUCUACGAGUAGUUUGGACAAGAAAUCAACGUCUCGAAACCUAGCCAAACGGAUGAGCAAAAUGUUGGUGGGGGAGGGGCCAAGUAAAAAGUCUGGAGGAGACGAAGAAUCUGUGACCUUGAAUGAGUGUCUCCAGCUGGAGUUCCAUCGGGCGUGUCGGCACCACCUGAUCCUGGUGUACCCCCGCGAGAUCCUCCUCCUGGACCUCGAGAUCAAUCAGACAGUCGGAAUCAUCACUAUGGAGAGAACAGGUUCGCCUUUUGUACAGGUAUUGCCUCUCAGACAGCGUGACGUGAUGCUGUGUUUACAUGAGAAUGGCAGCAUUACCACCCGAGUGAGGAGGAGAACCAAUGUCAUCACUACACCUGCGUCAGAGGGAGUCGGUGCCUUCGGUAAAAAAAAUGACUCACCACCCCAUGUGUCUAUGGACGUGGCGUACGACAUGCGUUGUCAGUCUGACAGUCUGCGUGUGACACGACACAGCAAGGUUGUCGGCAUUGCCUGCUGCCCAGUGUUCGAGCGGUCAGUCGUCCUGAUAAUGACGGACAGUCGUGUGAUCUUCUGGGAAAUGCUGAUGAUGGAGCCAGUGGUUGGAGUCGGCCGACGCAGUCACUCCCCACUCCACACCCCUGGAUCUUCCAUACCAGAAGACAUUUCCAAACUCAGCUCCAUAGAGAAACUGCCAGUCAUUACCGGUGUCACACCUCCAAAGCUGUCCCUCUGUGAUAUGAUUGGUCAGUCACAGGUCAUGACCCCAGAUAAUCAGGCCAUCAAUAGGGGAAAAGGGGUGGCCCUGAAAUUUGUGAUGACUGGAUUAAUGAGUGGGGUGUCAACCCCUAUAACGGUGAUCAAGAUGUGCCCGCCCCUGACAACAAAGAACUGGAGUGUGUACCAGCCACUUCUAGCUAUGGGCAGUAACAACGGGACCAUACAGAUACUCCACGUGUCUAGUGGACAGAUAGAGCGAGAGUACAGCGUGCACGCCGGACCAGUCAGAGGCAUUGAGUGGUCAAGUCUGAAGAGUUUUAUUUCCUACUCCUACCCAAACCCUGGACAGAGUGGACUGGUCAAGAAUGAACUGUUCCUGGUGGACGUUUCAUCUGGUAAGAUAACAACACUGCGAGGUAACCAUGACCAGGAACCACCUAUAGACAUUCUCAGAAUCUCCUACCUCAAGCAGUAUUUUGUCAUCUGUUUCAAAGAGAAGCCCCUGGAGCUGUGGGAUCUCCGCAGUCUGACCAUGUUACGUGAGAUGGGGAAGAGCAUCCCGCGGCCCACCGCCCUCGAGUGGUCGCCCUCUCACACUCUCAAGAUACUUAAACGUAAACUGCUGACUCAGGAUUUGGCUGAUUCUGAACAGGAAAGUGGUGGAAUAUUCUCGUCCAAGUCCUCAGAUGUUAUGUCAACGUCCAAAAGCUCCUCCACACAGGAGAUCUCUGACAAUACUGACCCUAUUGGGGUACAGAAGGUCACCUUAAAAGAACACUUUGUGUUUACGGACGGGGAGGGAAAUGUUUACCAUUUUGUGGUUGAGGGCACAAGCUUCAUCGAUGCCACCAAAAUCCCUGCUGAGUCGGGGCUGGGAAGUAUAUCAUGUAUCGCCUGGAAGGGUGAAUGUAUCACAUUUGGAGACGGUGAUGGGCAGCUAUGUAUCUGGGACCUGAAGGGACGCACUUCCAGGACGUUACCAACUCACCGAGGCUGGAUAAAGAAGAUCAGGUUCGCACCAGGAAGAGGAAACAUCAAGUUUCUGAUCAUGUACAACGACGGAGUGGAUAUCUGGGAUAUGAAGGGCUCUAAGCCUGAACUGACUGGGUCAGCCAAAAGUCCGAGAGAGAUAGCCAAACUGGCGGAUGCUGAGUGGUGUGGAAGUGACCGUGUAGCUCUGGCCACAACAAACGGAUGUGUCUAUGUGACGGACCUCACUCUCAAAAACCUCUCCAGUCCAGUGGAAGACUGGGACCUACCAGGACAGAUCUGGUGUCCGUACAUGUUGUCUAACAAGGGAUCCCUGUUACUGAAGUAUGUCCUACAACACCAGCCGUGGAACACUGACUUCUCCCUCCAACUCGAGGGCAUGAUGGAGGACGACGUGGACGUGCAGACGGCCAUCAACAAACACCUUAACCUCCUAGACAGUGGAGUAACAGAAUACAUUGGUAACUGCCGGUUUGGUACUGCUGAGCGCUGUCUCCUGGUGGCCAGACUGUUCGGAGAUGAAUCUGAUUUGCUGUUCUGGACAGUGGCCCUGCAUUAUCUCAAGUUAGAAAAACUACAGCCAGCCAUGAGGGGGUUAAAUGGCGGUCGGGAGCAGGGUCGUGAUCGGUACGUUCCCGCGACCAAGGAGGCCAACGACCUGGUUGUCCUGGACAACCCGGAGGAGGUGGCCCAGCGACACCUGGUGGAGCAGCUGUUCCAGGACCCGCCCCUAGAGAGAUACUUUGACACAAUCUGUAGUAACACCUCGUUCCAGAAGUACCAGUUAGAUCGGGUAGCCCUCCAUGACAGCAAGCGUGCAACUUACGAUCACACAAAGAAAUGUGCUGAGAACUAUGGGAUGCUUGGUCAGACCGACCGAGCUGUCCAGUUACUGUUAGAGACGGAGCCCGACAGUGACCAGUAUUACACUGACUGUCUAAGAGCCUGCCUUGUAGCCAGUAUAAGGUCCUCUGGGGCGUCACAGAGCACCAUUAAACUGGUAGCUACCAACCUUAUAGCUAAUGGCAAACUGACAGAGGGAGUUCAGCUCUUAUGUCUGAUAGACAAGGGGAUGGAUGCCUGUCGCUACCUACAAACAUAUGGUGCAUGGGACCAGGCAGUAUGGCUUGCUAAGGCCACACUGGGUUACACAGACUGCUGUGAGGUACUGAAGCGAUGGGUGGAUCACCUCUGCAGCACACAAGUCAAUCAGAAGAGUAAGGCACUUCUAGUGAUGCUGUCUCUCGGACACUUUCCUAAGGUCCUGGAGAUGUUGUACGGUAUGCGACAGUUUAACAGGGCAGCAUGCUUCGCCGAGGCCUGUAUGGAGUUUGGUCUGUUGGAUAUGACACCUGACACCAAAUCAUUGGUGGAAGCCAUUUUCCUGGAAUAUGCUCGGCAACUCAUCAACCUAGGUCACAGGAAGGCUUCAGAACACUACUGUCGUCACGCUGGUGACAAAGGGACACAACUCAUGAAGGAGGUCGACAUUCUCUUCUCCUGACAUUUAACACUACCGCCAGCUUAGUGUUAUUAUCAAGGGAACACAACUCAUAAAGGAAGUCAACAUCUCUCCUGACACGAUAUUUGACAUUACAGUCAGUUAUGUUGUCACCAAGGGGAGACAACUCAUGGAAGAAGACAUCCUCUUUCUGGCAUGACACUGCCCUGACCAUUGUUGCUGUCAAAUGGACACUACUGAUAAAGGAGUUGGACAUUGUUCUCUUGACAGGACACUACUGCCAUCAUUUUUUAUCGAAGGACCACUGGACCAGAAACCCUCUUCUAUUGACUUGAUAUUUCUACUGGAAAGACAUGUUUCCAUGGUUUAUACCAUUCCUGAAUGCUUUCGAAGCAAGUCGUGCUUUUAAAUGUGUUAAAAUUUCAGUGUUUCAAACAGCUCUUGCUGUAUCGUGUAGACACACUGUGUUCUCUCUAGUAUAACUGUUUUAUCAGUAAUAUUUAUUGACUAAGUCUGUGUGCUAUCAGAUAAAAGUGUUUGCUGUCCGUCUGAACUGUUUUUGUCUCGCCACUACGAAGUAGCGGAAGCGAGACUACGGUGCUUUUCCAGCUUUUAGUUUCACUGAAAGUAUUAGUGCUAGACCAACCAAA